GUAACUGUUAUGAAAUUAAUCCUUAUAUUAAGAAAAUACAAGAUGCAUUAAAUUGGAUUACGUCGCAGCUCCUCCUUUUCGCUAAUAUUUGCGGAAGUGCUAGACGGGCAUUCGCUGUCCGCUGCAGAGCAUCGGUCUACAGAUUGUACAUGACUUGGAUUGAGUUCGCAGGGAUUUAUACAAGAUGAUACGAAGAACGCGUGUCACUACGUGCAAGCCACAGUAUUGUGAAGAUGAUGACGAGUCAAUGUUGGAUGAAAACCCUGAAGAUGAAUUUGAAGAUGAGGAUGAGUGGAAACCUCAGGAAAAAAAGACAAAAGUUAGUAAGAAUAUAUCUGCUUCUCGGCAGAAAACCCGGGCUCCUAAAACAGAAAAGGCAAAAGUUCAGAGAAAGACUGCUGUUAGAAGAAAGAAGGCAGCAAAAGGAGAAGAGACCUCUGUCACCCAAGCACUGGAAAAUGAACCAGUGGAACCAUUGAAGAACGUCAAGGAAGAGAGGUUGUCAUUUGCUUUGCCAAAUGUUGAACACAGUGAGCGGGAGCAGGUUUCUGAUGCACCAGUCAAAGAGGAAAUAGGCAGUCCUGCAAAGAAAAUAUCCACACCAGGGAAGAAAAGAGUCACUUCUAAAGUUUCGGCCAAGCAUGAACAAAAGAGUGCAGUAGGUUUUUCAACAGAAGAACCAUGCUGCAGCUCUUUGUCAUCAGCUGCAAAGAAAGAGGAGCAAGAAGAGGACUUUAAUUUUCAUGAGUCACCUUUAAAGAAGAUGAAAACCAGCAAGUGUCCUGAAGGAAAGCCAGUCAAAUUUUGUAAAUCUCGGGACAAAGACAAUGACUUGAAAAUGAACUGGGAUUUAAUUCAGGUUUUGUCUGAGAAGACUGCUGUAGAUCCCUGGGUAUGUGGAAAUGUAGUUACUUUGUUCAAUGAAGACAAUACAAUUCCAUUUAUUGUUCGCUAUAGAAAGGAGCUAAUCAAUUAUAUGGAUGCAGAUGCAGUCAGAGAUAUACAGAUGCACCUUGAAGAGCUAAGGACCAUCGCAAAAAAAGUUCACACAGUGAUCCAGACUUUGAAGAAAGAAGGAGUAUUAACUACUGAUUUACAAAAUUCACUGCUAAACUGCAGGACCCCUGAUGAGCUAGAUCAUGUGUAUGCACCCUACAAGAAAGGGAGCAAGCAGACAAAGGCCAGGCGGGCAAGAGAACUUGGCCUCGAACCAGCUGCCUUGGCUUUACUUGAAAAUCCACAGGAUCUCAACUUGCAUUCCUAUAUAAAGCCUGAUACUCCAGGCUGUGCAGCUCUAGCUGAAGUUGAAGCUGGGGUUCAGCAGAUUUUGGCAGACAUAAUUGCAAAGGACAAAGACACAAUCAACUACAUUAAAGGACUGUGUGAAAUGAACUAUAUUACCAUCCAUUCCGUGUUGUCAAAAGCAGCAUUGAAAGAACAAAAAGAUGAAAAUACAACCAAACAGAGAGACCUAGAUAAAUUCCAACUGUAUGCUGACUUCAAAGCCAGUAUUAAAACUGUACAACACCACCAGAUUCUGGCCAUUAACCGAGGGGAGAAUUUGAAGAUACUGACAGUGAAGGUCAACAUUCCUGACAGGGUGAAGAAUGAAUUCUGUCGCUGGUGUGUCAAUGUAAGGUGGAGACCCAAAGGCUAUGCCAGAGAAGAGCUUUUCAAGAUAUUGAAGGAUGCUGUCGAAGAUUCCUACAAAAGGCUGAUUUAUCCUUUGCUGUGCAGAACAUAUAGGUCUAAUUUGACUUCAAGUGCCGAGAAAGAAUCUAUUGCAAUGUUUGUCCGAAACCUCCGGCAACUGCUCCUCACAAGCCCCGUCAGGGGUCGAUGUAUCAUGGGAGUGGAUCCAGGCUAUAAACAUGGCUGCAAGUUGGCAAUCAUUUCUCCUACAAGUCAGAUUCUCCAUACUGAUGUUGUGUAUUUACAUAAACAAGGAAAAGAUCGGGAAGCAGAAAAGAUAAGGCACCUAUUGAAAUUACAUAAUUGUUAUACUGUUGUGAUUGGAAAUGGGUCUGCCUGCCGAGAGACAGAAGCAUUUUUUGCGGAGCUCAUUGCCAAUCAAUACUUCAGACCAUUGGAUGUUGUAUUUUGUAUCACUAAUGAAGCAGGAGCUUCUAUCUAUAGUGUGAGUCCAGAAGCCACUAAGGAAAUGCCCGAUCUCGAUCCUAAUCUAAGAAGUGCAGUAUCAAUUGCACGACGAGUUCAAGACCCUUUAGCUGAGCUGGUGAAAAUUGACCCAAAGCACAUUGGAAUUGGUACCUACCAGCAUGAUGUGUCACAGGCCCUCCUGAAAGCAGCCUUGGCCAGUGUGGUGGAGGAAUGUGUCAGUUUCGUUGGAGUUGACAUUAACAUCUGCUCAGAGACGCUGAUGAGACAUGUUGCAGGACUGAAUGCAGGACGAGCCAAGAAUAUUAUUGAAUGGCGAGAGAAAAAUGGACCGUUUAUAAACAGGGAACAACUGAAAAAGGUGAAAGGAGUGGGCCCAACCAGCUUCCAACAGUGUGCGGGCUUUAUAAGAAUCAAUCCUGAGAAUUUAAGGAACACUUGCAGUGGCAGUCAACCAUACGGAGAAGCAACAAGCACUGAAGAGUCAACUAGCAAAGCAUCCUCCAAGAAGAGUAAGGCUGCCGCGUCAAGCUCUGCUCCACAGUUCAACCCACUAGACCAGACUUGCAUCCAUCCUGAGUCGUACGAUACUACUGUGAGGUUCCUACUGCAGAUUGGAGGGAAGCUGGAAGACAUAGGGAAGCCAGAAAUGAAGUUCCAAGUGGACUGUGCCAUUCAACAGCAAGGCCUAGAACAGUUUGCCCAGGUGCUGAACACUCCUACCCCUACUCUACAGAUUAUCAUUGAUGGUUUGACGCAGCCACAGGGCUUUGAUAUCCGCCAAGAUUUUGAAAAACCAGUCUUCAAGCGAGGAAUAGUUUCUAUGGAUGAUCUCACCGUCGGCGCUGUGUUGACAGGCCGAGUGGAAAACACUGCACUCUUCGGAGCUUUUGUGGACAUUGGGGUGGGCACGUCAGGUUUAAUCCAUAAAAAAUACAUCACUGAAGCCAAACUACCACAGGAUAAGAGACGACGAAGUUUGGCCCUGGGGCCUGGAGAAAGAGUUGAAGUACGGGUGCUCAGCGUUGAUCCAGGAAGAGGCCGCAUUGGGCUCGACCUUCUGCGUGUUCUAAAGUGAGAUCUGUGUUGCCUAUUUGAUUUAUUGCACCUAGAAAUGUAUGUUCAUCUUCAAUCUAAAAAUGCACAUUUCCUGUACUAUAUAUAUAUAUAUAUAUAUAUAUAUAUAUACACACACACACACACCAACAGGUGACCAGCAAUAAGGAAACCAUAUGAUAUCAAUAGACCCACAUUUUAUGACUUAUUUUUACAAAAGGACAUUUCUGCAGAUAAGUAUAAAAUACAAGGUACUUUCUCUGCCUUUCCAGGAACAAAUACAGUAAGUUUAACUACAUAUUAUGAGGAUAUCAUGCAAAACAUCAAUAAAAUGGGCCACAGCUUUUUGGUUUUCUUUUUUAUUUUAAAUGUAUAUAGACACUUAUGUUGUCUGCACCACAGCGCUGUGAGUCUCUCUGUUUUGCUCAGUAAUGCAUCCCCAUUGUGUGGAUACUGCAGUCUGAAUUUUUGGAAGUGCUCGGAAAUGCACAUAUUUUAUGAGAUGAGAAUUGGCCCAUGAAAGCUCAUGUUUAACUCCUAAAACCACAGAACACAUCCUAUCCCAUAGAAAGUUCGGUGAGAUUUGUUUUUUUGGAAACACAAAGUCCUGCUGUCAUCUGAGUGAAGAAUUUUAAACUGUGCCAAACAAGAACUUGGUCUUGCCUCACAUGGAAACUUUUCUUGUUACAAUUUGUGAUGCAGUUGUUUCAAACCACCUGGAAGAUGUAGUUGUUUUCUAAAUAAACAAAUAAGCUUUUAUCAA